CACCCAUAACUUUGGGGAUUUCACAGUCUCUCUCACAUUAAAGUUGAGACCUUUCAGCUUUCACAAUUCGCUGUGCCCUGUGGCAAGCUUCGUCUUCAUCUGGGUUUUGGUAUUUUUGGGUUAUGAUCUGGGUUUGCUAGCUCCUUUGCUAUCCUCUCCUGAGAAAUGUAAACCAACUUUGGGUUUAGGGUUUUGUGUGAAACGGGGGUUUGCGACUAUAGAGGGUAAAAUCAACGAGGCCUAGGGCAUUGGUCAGCUCCUGAAUCAAUCAUCCCUCUCAUUUUACACUUCUAGCAUCAGCUUGUCACUCUAGAAAUCCAGGAAGCACUAAGGAACGACGAGUGUAUCUCCAACCAAUCAACUGUUCUUUAAUCUGUAGGCUCCAAUCGUAGACUUGUCCUUUUGCCACAGAAGCUCAAAGUUUGAGAUUCCAGAGCAUUGUUUCUCACAUGGACCGUAUCAGUCAACUUUCGGAUGAUUUGCUCUUGCAGAUUUUGUCAUGUGUUCCGACUAGAAAUGUUGUGGCCACAAGUCUUUUAUCCAAAAGAUGGCGGUUUCUUUGGAUGUUAGUGCCACAGCUUCGAUACGAUGAUACCAAUCACAAUGGUAUUGGUGACUAUACGAUAUUCUCUCAGUUUGUGUACAGGUCUUUGCUAUCAAAUAAGGCUCCUGUUCUACAACAUUUGCAUCUGAAUCUUGGCGCUCGCUGUCCUGCUAUAGAUAUUGCUCUAUGGAUUGAUGUUGCAGUUAGUCGUCGUGUGCGUGAGCUGGAAGUUCUUAUUCGUUCUCCCUGGAAUGUGUCUUUCAGUUUGCCAAGUAGCGUAUAUACCUCUGAUACACUAGAGACCUUGAGACUCAUCGAUUUCGUUCUUCUGAAUAUUCCUUCUUCAGUUCGUCUCCCGUCCCUCAAAGUUCUGCACCUAAGGACUAUUGAUUACGUAGACGAUGCAUCUCUACCAAGUCUUUUAUCUGGUUGUCCAAAUCUUGAAGAAUUGUUUGUGGAGCGACAUGAGGAAGACUUAGUAAUGGGUGUCACUGUGGCUGUGCCUUCCUUACAACGGUUAUCUAUGUUGGACCGAAAUGAUGUUAAUGGUAGUCGAUAUGUGAUAGAUGCCCCUUCUUUGAAAUGCCUUAACAUUAGAGAUGAAGCAUUGUACGACUACCGUCAAAUUGAGAACAUGCCUGAGUUGGUCGAGGCAUAUGUUGAGAUUACUAAAAGAGUUCCUCACAAAUUUCUGAGGUCUCUUACUUCUGUCCGACAUCUUUCUCUAUGUUUAUCACUUUCAGAGGUUACGUGUCCUUCUGGUAUGAUCUUCAGUCAGCUUGUUCAUCUGAACUUGUAUACAUUUGCUGAAGGUUGGUGGACACUUCUUACUUAUAUGCUCCAAGAUUCCCCCAAACUAAGAGUUCUCAAACUCAUUGAUAAACAUGAUUCUGUUCUUUGUGGCAAAGAAACCCCAAUUGGUUGGAAGCCACCUAGUUAUGUCGUCCCAGAGUGUAUUUUGUUUAGUCUCGAGGCAUUUGAGUGGAUUGGGUACAAAGGGAGACGAGGAGAUAGAGAGAUGGCAACAUAUGUCCUAAUGAAUGCUGCUUGUUUGAGGACAGCAAAGUUCUCUCCAGAAUCUAAUGAUGUGGGAACGAAGUAUCAGAUGCUCAAGGAGUUGGCAUCAGUACCUACAGCUUCAACUUCGUCUCAGCUUCUAUUCGACUGAAUAUUUUUCUUGGAAUCUCAUUUAUGUUUGUGUUUAGUUUGGUUAAAGACUGGUUUAACAAAACAUGCAUGAAUCAUGAUGAACCAUGUCAAAGUCAAACCCAACUUGCUUCUCUUCUGUACCUCAAACUCAAAAGUGUGGAGAUGAACGUUUUAUUUAAUUUCGUAUUUCAACAGGAAACAUGAUCAUCUCUGUUUUUA